AUGCCGUUCACGUUAUCCGCCUAUGAAACAGACCCGGAAGGAAGGCCGGUGGGCCGGUCGAACAACACGGUGCUACAGAACUACGACAGACACUUGUGUGGCGUUAUCAGCUUAAUUGAUGACAGGUUCAUGUUGACCAUGGAAGGCAACCUUUUCCUUAUCCACGAAGGCGUCAAAUGGAUCUUACCGGCAAAGGAGUUCUGCUUGGAAUAUUACACCGAGGGUGGGACACCCGCCGAUCUGAGGGCGUUCCUGUGCACGAAUGCCAAACCACCGGUCAGUUUCCUCUUUUGGGUUAAAACCCUGUUUGUCGUGUGCUUGGUGCUCACUCUGAUCGUGUACUCCACACUGCCUUACCUCCGGAAUACCCACGGCUACUACGUAAUGUUCUACAUGGCAUGCCAGCUCAUGUACUUCGUUCUCGAUUUGACCUAUGAUUUGGUACAAGGCGACAUAAACAACCCGUUGCGCAUUCCAUUCGGUUAUUUUGCUUACUUUGCAACUCUGACAAUAUGUUGCUGGUUAAACGUAAUAUGCUUCGAUAUUAACUGGAUGUUAAGGUACAACAAUUCAACAAACAGAAAUACAUCAAAAUUAGUACGUACCAUUAUGUACCAUAUUUAUUGCUGGGGAUUUUCAAGUAUUUGCGUUUCUACUGGUUAUUUAUUUCAACAUUCACACCAAAAGCUACUAGAAUUAGCACGCAAUAUUGGAAAAUAUGAUUGCUUUUUUAACGGAAUCUAUCGCUACGGAAAUUUAAUUUUCUACUGGCUACCUAUCUGUGGUAUGCUGACUGCCAAUUUAAUUUUGUUCUUACUAACUGCUAUCCAUUGUUCAAGAAUUAAAUCUGAACUCAAUAAGUUCAGACGAACCGAUUCAAAAACAGAAAUGUUUCUAUUUUACAAAGAAAAAUUCGUAAUGAGCAUGAAGCUAUUUCUGGUUUUUGGAGUACCAUUUUUAUUUUUGAUACUAUCUGAGUUUUUCCAAUUAAAAGGGACCAAAAAGGUAAUUUUAAAGGCAAUUUCCAAUCUACAAGGAGUAUAUAUAUUUAUUAUAUUUGUGGCCAAGUCCAAAGUUAUAAUGGACUUGAGGAAAAAGUUUCAAGGUUCAAUGGAUUACAGUGAAGUGACACAAAUGAACACUAUCCCUGGGUCAUCAUAA